AUGGAUAAACUAUACAAUACUUUCAACCCAAAAAUUAUGAGUAAAACGAGGACGGCGGGUGAUGGAAUGGAAUCUGACGAAAACACGUCGGAAAGAGUUCAGGAUGUCGGUCCUAAUAUUACCAGAACCCCAGAAAGGAAAGGUAGUGCUUUGCCUACUCGAUUGGUGCAAGUUUACGCUACUAAAGUGAUAAAAUCCGAUAAAAGGAAAUCCAUAAAUAUGAAGACACCAAAGUUUGUGCCUUACGAGCCAUACCCAGCGGCAGUGAAGCCUAUGACACCCCAAAUUGCAUCAAAGCAAAUGAAGAAGUCGAAAAACAAUAUGGACAUUAAUACUUUGAUUACCCAAAUGUCUCAGAUGAAUACAAACUUGAAUGAAUUUAAACCUCGUCCGAAGUUGAACUCUACUAGUGACAAGUCUGGUCAAGAUGUUGAUGCACCGAGUCCAGAAAAAGUUCAGAUGCAAAAAAAGAUAGAUAGCUUGACACAGGAAAAUGAAUCAUUAAAAGAGCAAUUGAAACAGCAAGUUCAGGUCAAUAAAGAGUUGAAAACAAUGCUGGUCGCGUCUAUGGGUGAGGACCUUGAGACACAAGUACAGUCUCUGAAUGAAGAUAAAAAGCAUCUGGCUAAUGCCUUACUCAGUUCUGCACAACAUUUGUCUACUCAUCAGGAACAAACAGAAUGGUUGGCCGGCCAGUGUGAAGUGUGGAGGAGUAAAUUCUUGGCAAGCAGUUUAAUGGUUGAAGAAUUGGCACAAUGUAAGAAAUUACUAAAUGAAAAGACUGAUCAUUUGCAACAAGCGAUUAAGCAAUUACUUGACGAAAGAUAUAGGGCAAGGGAUAUGAUGCUAUGUACUUAUAAAAACUUGUACAGUUUGCACGAAAAGUGGCUUGAAAACAUCGCCAUUACCGAAUAUACAGGGAACUCAAAAAUGUACAAUCGGCCCAUUGGCAAUCUCAACUUUAAUGCGACGAUUCCACAUUCAACAAACAUUUUAGAUAUGACCUCAGUGAAUUUGAAGCUUGCUGAGAAUAUCAGCAGUUCGGUUGAAAAACAAGAUAUUAGUCAUUUGAAUAGCUUGCCCACUGCCACAGAAGGAGAGAAGUUUGCAGAAACUGUAAUGGCAACACCUUUAGACGUGAAAAGGGUGAAUGAGGAACCAGUGAAUGCCCUCGUCCAUCACGCUUACAGCAGCAGUGGUAGUACGCCGCGACCAAUCGCCUCCUGUGUACAUUGUCACGGAAAAGUCCAACUAUUAUAG